CCUUCGACCCUGGGGUCCCCAACAUCGUCCUCACCUGCCUCAACGUCAUCGAACAGCAGGGACUCAACACCGAGGGCGUGUUCAGAGUCGGCAGCUCGAAGAACAGGGUCAGGCAGAUGCGGGAGGAGUUCGACUGCGGUCGGGGAAACGAGUUGCUGGCCAAUCAAGAAAUUUACGUUCACGACGCUGCAACAUUGCUCAAAGAAUAUUUAAGAGAGCUGCCCGACCCUCUCCUUUGCAAGGACCUGUAUCCAGCUUUCAUUAAUUCUCAACGACUCCAGAGUCAAAGACUUCAAAUAGAGUCAAUUCAGCAUUUAUUACAGUUACUACCGGCAGUGCACCGAGAUACACUUUGGCAUUUACUUCGUGUCUUAGUUAGCGUAGCGAAUAAUUCCAAAGACCACAAAGACACUAAAG